CGUGUUCAUAUAAAACGUAGCAGUUCACUGUUUAUUUGGAAAUCAAUUACUGUUUUGUUUGCGGAUGAUAUGGGUUGGACUUGGUCAACGAUUGGAGUAUUUCUCACGCGGACGACGAAGACUUGACCUUAGACCCACCAAUUGUCUGAAAUACUUUGCAAAUUUAGUAGAACGUAGUGGGUGACACAGCGAAGGAGGGAGAGACGAGAGGGAUGAAUCCAGCUUCUGAACUUGAUUACUCUCUUUCCCCCAAUGAACGGUUCAGGGGCAGUUUUACAAACUGGCAAAAGGGUGAAUUUCUUGGAAGUGGUUCAAUGGGCACCGUUUAUGAAGGUGUCACCGAUGAGGGGUUCUUUUUUGCUGUGAAGGAGGUUUCUUUACUUGAUCAAGGUAGCCAGGGAAACCAGAGAAUUGCUCAACUUGAGCAGGAAAUAUCUUCAUUAAGUCAGUUACAUCAUGAUAACAUAGUUCGAUAUCUUGGAACAGAUACGGGUAAUGGUAAACUUUAUAUCUUUCUUGAGCUUGUAACAAGAGGUUCGCUGGCAAGACUCUAUCAGAAGUAUGACCUGCGGGAUUCUCAAGUAUCGGUCAGUCUUUACCAAGGGAUAAGGGGAAGGGGAAAAAAUGUGAAAUUUUCCUUUUGUGCUUACGUGGAUUAUGAAGAACAACAUGCUAACUAUUGGAUUUUUGAAUAG